GUGGGUGUGUAUCUCGUGCGAGAAGCCAAGGGAUACUGUGGAUUAGACCCAUGUCGUCAAGGACAUGCAUAUAUAUGGACGAGCCGUGAAGCGGAGGAAGAUGCAUUAAAGGCGCGAGCAGUGGAGUCGUCGCCAAACAAGCCAUCGUCGGCCAGCACUGCGAGCUCGAGGUUUCUUGCAAGUAACCGCCGGUUCCUUGCGACGGCCGGCAGGGGUGGCCGGCAAGCCAACCCUGACCCAGGCCUCUGUGCCGCCGGCUGGAUAAAUAGACAGACAAGUGUCGCCCAAGGAUCCCAUACAUUGUCACUUGUCCGGAGGGGAUCGAGUUGAGCUACCUCCUGCUUCCAUUCUGUGGCUCUGAGCUGCCAAGGACACGUAUUGGAGCUCGCCUUCUUCUUCUCCGCUCGGCAGGCUUCGCCGGGGUUAUGCGAAGGAGCAGGUCGUGCUUGUCUUGCGUGCCCAUGGGAACGGCGGCGCUGCCCAUCGAGAAGCAAUUCGUUCCUCCGGCUGCGCUGCCGUCAUGGCCGGCCUCAGCAGCAGUUUCAGAUGGAGGAUUUGCAAAGGGCAGCAUAGACCUUGGAGGCCUGGAAGUGCGCCAAAUCACCACGUUCGCCAAGGUCUGGUCCACCACUCAAGGCGGCGAGGACGGCGUCGGCGCCACCUUCUUCGAGCCCUCGCCGGUCCCUGCCGGCUUCUCCGUGCUCGGCCACUACGCGCAGCCCAACAGCCGCCCUCUCUUCGGCCACGUCCUCGUCGCUCGCGACACCUCCGGCACCGGAGCGCUCCUUGCCGCGCCCGUGGACUACACCCUCGUGUGGUCCAGCCCGGACGGCGCCGGCAAUUUCUGGCUCCCCACGGCUCCUGAAGGUUACAAGGCGGUGGGCGCGGUGGUCACGGCCACGUCUGACAAGCCUUCGCGCGACGAGGUCAGGUGCGUCCGCGCCGACUUCACCGACGCGUGCGAGACAGAGGAGUCGCUGUUGAGCAGCGACAAGGACGGCUUCAGCGCCGCCACUCUGAGGCCGUCCGUCCGUGGCAUCGACGCCCGCGGCGUGCACGCCGGCACCUUCCUCGCCCAGAGCAACGCGGCGAGCGCCUCGACGGUGGCGUGCCUGAAGAACAACAGCGCGAGUUACACGUCCUCCAUGCCUGACCUGGCUCAGGUGAACUCCCUCCUCGCGGCCUACGCGCCGCACGUGUACCUGCACCCGAACGAGCCCUACUUCCCUUCGUCGGUGACGUGGUUCUUCGAGAACGGCGCGCUGCUGUACCAGAAGGGCAGCCAGACCGCGACGCCGGUGGCCGCCGACGGGUCGAACCUCCCGCAAGGCGGCGGCAACGACGGCGGCUACUGGCUCGACCUGCCGGUGGACAACAAGCAGAGGGAGAAGGUCAAGAGGGGCGACCUCGCCAGCGCGAAGGUGUACGUGCAAGCGAAGCCGAUGCUGGGCGGGACGGUGACCGACCUCGCCGUGUGGAUCUUCUACCCGUUCAACGGGCCGGCGCGCGCCAAGGUCGGCCUGCUCACGAUCCCGCUGGGCGAGAUCGGCGAGCACGUCGGCGACUGGGAGCACGUGACGCUGCGUGUGAGCAACUUCUCCGGCGAGCUGCUCCGGAUGUACUUCUCGCAGCACAGCGCGGGGACGUGGGUGGAGGCGUCGCAGCUGGAGUACCUGGACGCGGGGGACGGCGGGAGCAGGCCGGUGGCGUACGCGUCGCUGCACGGGCACGCGUUGUACCCGAAGGCGGGGCUGGUGCUGCAGGGCGACGCGAGGCUGGGCGUCGGGAUCCGGAACGACGCCGCCAGGGGGAGCAGGCUGGACACCGGCGGCGCCGGGCGGUGCGAGGUGGUGUCGGCGGAGUACCUCGGCGUCGCGGAGCCGGCGUGGCUCGGGUUCGAGCGCGAGUGGGGGCCGAGGGUGGAGUACGACAUCGGGCGCGUGAUCAACCGCGUGGCGAGGAUCCUGCCGCGCUCGGCGAGGGAGCGGCUGGCCAAGCUGGUGGAGAAGGUGCUCGUCGGCGAUGGGCCGACGGGGCCCAAGAUGCACGGCAACUGGAGGAACGACGAGAGGGAGGCCUGACGAGGCCUUGCAGAGUCAACUUCCUUUCAUUCUUUGUUAUGGAUCAUUGUUUAGAUUAAGCAAAAGUUUAGAAUGCUUUUAUUAGGGAUUCACGAGCUCCCGUUACCUGAAUUUUGCACCGUCCGAUCUGACGAUCUGUGGUGCUCCCUGGCUUUUCUAUCAGAUACAGCUGCUGCGCGCUGCCUCCUGCAGAGCAUCUGUGCUGCUGCAGCGCUCCGACCAGGCCAAAGCAGCUGCAAAGCAUCUAAGCAUGCAGGCAGGCAUCUGAGCAAGAGAGCGACAGUCGUGCUUUGAAUAGGACUAUGCGUGCGCUUCCGUAUACAUUAGGAUUCUUUUACCUACUAACUUACAGUGACAUUGUUACUGUAAUUUCAAUUUGUAUAUUAUGUAAUUUUAAAUCUGUGUAAAUUUGCAUGCUGUUUAUUUU